CCUCUCCUUGGUCCUGGUCCCUCCCCUGCCGCUGUCCUCAGGCCGCAUUGGCCCCUUAUCUCCCCAGUAACCAAACCACAACAGUGAGCUAGGAGCACCACGGCCGGACAAGUUAGGCAUUCCACCAGGAUACGCAGUCUUUGGCUAAGAUGGCUGCAAUGAGCACCCGCUCCGAGGAAGGAAGCGAGGUCUUCCAGGAAGGAGUAGUGGACUGGGAGCUGAGCCGACUGCAGCGACAGUACAAGGUGAUGGAUGUUGAAAAGCGGGCCUACAACAGGGAAGUUCACCAGCGCAUCAAUAAGCAACUCGAGGAGAUCCAGCGCCUGCAGGACGUGCGGAACAAGCUGCAGGUGCAGAUCGGCAUCGCCCAGAGCCAGGUCAAGCGCCUGCGGGACAGCCAGAGGCUGGAGAACAUGAGCCACCUGCUCAAGUGCCGGGCCCAGGUGCAGGACGAGGUCAAGGAGCUGCAGGAGCAGACCCGAGCCCUGGACAAGAAGAUCCAGGAGUGGGAGGCCCGGCUCUUUGCCAGCGGCAAGGACCCCAGGGCCCCCGGGGUCUUCCUGGGCCAGAAGGCCAAGACUCGGAAGAAGAUCAAGAUCGUGGAAGACCAGCUGGACAGGGUCACCUGCCGCUUCGACAUCCAGCUGGUCCGGAACGCGGCCCUGCGGGAGGAGCUGGACCUGCUGCUGGUCCAGAGGAACCACUAUCUGAACAUGAACCGCAAGCUGCACAAGGAGAUGCACUUGAUGCGGCACACGCUCAGCGCCCUCACCGUCUCCUCCAUCACCGCCUACUCCAUCAGGGAGGAGGCCAAGAGCAAGAUGAGCAUGCUGCGGGAGCGCGCCGACAAGGAGGGCGUCCAGAACGAGACGGAGGUGCAGAUCCUGCAGCGCCAGAUCGCGCACCUGGACCAGCUGCACAGCUUCCUGCAGCUCAAGAACCACGACCGGCAGGCGGACCCGGUGGUCCUGGAGAAGCGCGAGAAGCGCGCCGAGAGCCUGCGGAAGACGUCGCAGGAGAGGCUGGUGCUGCGGUACGAGGACACCCUGAGCAAACUGUACCACCUGACGGGGGAGAGCGACCCGGAGCUGCUGGUGAACAAGUACCUGGAGAUGGAGGAGCGCAACUUCGCCGAGUUCAACUUCAUCAACGAGCAGAACUCGGAGCUGGAGCGUCUGCGGGAGGAGAUCCGGGGGAUGCGGGAGGCCAUGAAGACGGUGCACACUGGCCACCUCGCCCGCCGCUCGCUGAAACAGGAGCUGCAGGCUUCGGUGCUGGAGCAAAUAGCGGAGCUGCGCUCUGACGCCGACAGCCUGGAGGCCCGCGCCCAGAAGCUGAGGGAGCAGGUGGAGAAGUUCAAGACCGCCAUCCAGCAGCUCUUCGCCAAGGCCCGCUGCGACAGCACCAUCAUCAACGACCUCCUCGGGGUCAAGACCUACAUGCGGGACCGCGACAUCGGCCUCUUCCUGGGCCUCAUCGAGAAGCGGCUGGUGGAGCUGCUGACGGUGCAGGCCUACCAGAACGCCCAGAGCUUCACCGUGUCCAGCUUGUCCAUCGCCGCCCUCACGGUGCUGGGCCAGAGCCCCGAGGACCAGCCCAAGAAGGUGGCCCCGCCCCAGCUCCCCGACAACCUGGAGGAGCCCCCGGGCUUUGAGGGCAAAGAGGACUAUCCCCUGAGCAAGGAGGAGCUGCUGAGCUACGUGACGAAGUCGAUGGAGGCGCGGGAGCUGGUGCGGGAGCAGCACCAGAAGGAGAUGAUGGAGAUGGCCAAGAAGAUGGACAGCAGCCCGCCCCUCCCGCUCCCGGCCACCCACAGGGCCAGCUCGGGCACCCCGCUGGCCCUCUCCCGGAGCCCGAGCACCGGGCCCCCGUCGGGCCUGGGCCACCGGGCCAACGGCAUCCUGGUGUCCAGCCGCCCCCCCAGCUCCAACGUGGGCCACGUCACCUUCGGCGAGCCGGGCGGGGCGGGCCCCGCCAGCCAGGCCUCCAGCGGCGGCCGCGUGGCCUUCCGGCCCGUCAGCUCCAGCAGCUACCUGGGCUCCAGCGGCUACCUGGGCUCCAGCGGCGGCGGCGCCGAGAGCGCGGGCGGCCUGCCCAGCAGGGGCACCGGCUCCGAGUCCAGCCCGGGCCCCGCCUCCAGCCCGGGCCCCGCCUCCAGCGCGGUCAGCCAGGAGUCCUGAGGCUGCAGCCGGCCACCCACCCCCUCCCUGCUCUCUGCAGGGCGACCCGAGCGUUUCUGCCCCCUGUUGCCCCCCUCCGCCGCCAUUGUGCCUGCGACUCCACCUUCCUCUCCCAGCUCCACCUCUGCUCGUGUCCACCCGGCCCUUUGCCACCGGCUCUCCCUCACCUCCUCUGCCUCCCGGUUUCUCUCUCUGUUCCCGCUCUGCCUUCCCUCUCUGUCUCCCCGGCUCCUGUUCGCAAUGGUUUCCCAUUCGCAGUGUGUCUGUCUCCUCCAAAGUCCGCCCCUCUCCCCAUCUCUGCCGACUUCUCCGGUUCUCCUCCCUCCUCCUGUUUCUGCUUCCCUGUUUCUAGUUCCUUCUCAUCUCCAUUCCCCAGGCUCUCCCGGCCGAGGUCCCUGUCUCGGUAGCUCCCCAUUCCUCGCCCUUCCCGUGAGCCCCCAGUACCCAGCCCGAGGAAAGAAUCAACCGGGGCAGAAAGUUCAGGAAAUAAAGGGCAGAGCCCAACUUUACCCCAGCCUGGUAACAAGUGUCUGUGCGAGAGAGGAAUCUAGACACGGCUGUUUCUUGAGCUCCAGCCCAGGGGGAAACUCAUGGCCCUAUUCAUUCAUUCAUUCAUUCAUUUUGUUGAGGCCUCCCCAUUUCAGGCUCUCCUGAGAGCUGGGCACUGUAUCAGUCAGGAUAGGCUGUUUUGCUGCAGUAACAAACAACCCCAGCAUCUCAGUGGCUUAAAGCAACAAAGGUUUACUACUGGCCAGAGUUGGUGGCCUAUUGGGGGUCAGCUCAGGGCUCUGCUCCUCCCAUCUGGUGUCCCAAUGGCUGUCGCUGGGAAAGAGAAAACGACAAAGCUGCCAUGACUUCUCAGUCUCCGGCCUGGACACCACACAUAUCACGUCCGCCCACAGGUAUUGACCCCAGCAGGUCAGGUGACCACACCACUCCGAAGGGUGGUGGGAAGUGCUGUUUGGAAGGAGAGGAAAAUGGAUGUUUGUGGAUGCCCUGGGCCUGCCCCCGGGUCACAGAGAAGGUAGAUUGUGUCCCUUGCCUGCUGUGGGCCGGUUUGGGAGUGAGGAUUCCAACGUCACAGGUAACGCUUUCCUGCCAUUGUCAGAUGUCCUGUCACACAUUUUUAAAAAAUAGUUUUGAUUUUUAGAGAGAGAGGAAGGGAGAGAGAGAGAAACAUUGAUGUGGUAGAGAAACAUCAAUUGGUUGCCUCCUGCACACCCCCUUCCCCCACUGGGGUCAAGCAUGUAACCCAGGCAUGGGCCCUGGCCGGGAACCGAACUGGCACCAGACAACACCCAACCAACAGCCACACCUGCCAGGACACCCUGUGGACAUGUAACGCCACCAAAUCAAGACGGAGAACCCAUCCCAAUCCAGGAGGUAAUGCUCCGGGUCCCCUUCUCCUCCAGUGGGUCCAUAACAGUCCGUACCUCCGAGGAAUUUUUUUGAAAAUGAAAAGAAUCGGUGCACGCAGUAAAUGCUAACACGUCUGUGAUUCUGAGUGUGAUGACAACAAAUUAAGCAGUGUUUCCUCACCUGUCAGACAAACGGGUUGCUCUCCCUUCACCUGACCCUCCGACCAGGUAAAGCUUAUCCAGUGGUCUGCCGGUAAAUGCGUAACAACGGGCUCUUUGGGGAAAAGUCCUGAUUUGUAGUGUGGACCCGUUCCUGGGGUGUAACAGUAGCCACCUCCCAUUCCUUUUGUUCCUCGCGAAGAC